ACAACAUUGGCUGAAGUAGUAGUAAACUCAUAAAUGAUCUUUUAUUUUUUGUUCACUACUACUUUUACAUUAGUCUAUGGUCAAUGUGCGUAUUUAAUAAUAAGCAGAAUUGGGUUAGAAUCAUAAAAAUUUAGAAUGAGGGUUAGAAUGAUAAAGUAUUACUUAUGUAUUGUUCUUACAGGAUCAUUUUAUUAUGUUAUAUUUUACAAUACUACCUUAUUUGGUAAUGAACACAAACGAAAACAUCCAAGAUGUGAACAUCAAUCGUGCAAACAUAGGAAAACAUACUCAACAAUUGAAAACAUUAACAAAAAUGCACUUAUUGAUCUUAAUAAUGCAGCUGUGGAUCUAUUUGCUGCAGAUGUUAAUUUUAGUACUCCAGAUGUGAGUCGUGCAGUUGUGACGGUAAAUACAGCUGUGCUUGAUGGAGCAAGUGUGAUGGUGAAUAAUAAAUCAGAAAUGCAACACAAGACUGAUGUGAUUAAAAUAUUACUUUGGACAAAAUGUUUCGAAACAACUUGUUUACCCCUCGGGGCAUCCCCGUUCAAGAACUGUGACGUUCCUCACUGUGAAACAACUAUGGAUCGUUCGCAAUUAAAACAGGCGCAGGUUGUGAUGUUCCACACUUGCUACAAGGAAAAUCUAGUCGAAGCAGGGGGACUGCCUGAGUACAGAUCACCCAACCAAAAAUGGAUUUUUAGAUGCUAUGAGGCACCUAGUAAGCAGCUUGUUGUUUACCCUGAAGUGAAUGAUGCGUUCAAUUUCACCAUGACAAAAAGGUUGGACUCUGAUUUUCACGCCUACCAUGGUGUUUACAAAGUGCAUCCAAACCCUCCAAAAGUUCUACCGGAUUACGCACAGAAUAAGACAAAGCUUGUAGCAUGGAUUGUCUCCCAUUGUUUAACACCUGGUAGGCGUGAAGUCUAUGUGAGGAGACUACGAAAGAAAAUGCACAUAGAUAUAUAUGGCGCCUGUGGAAAACAUCGCUGUCCUCCUCGUGAAAAGAAGGACUCGUCUUGUUAUCGUCAUGUUGGUUCGUAUAGAGAUUUAUCCUAUAUGAGGUUUAAGAUAUUGGAAUUAUCCCGAAGUCAGGUGCAAUCUACAAGUUCUACCUAGCAUUCGAGAAUUCUGAUUGUAUAGAUUACGUCACUGAGAAGCCUUGGAGGAGUAUUAGGUAUAACAUAGUCCCAGUCGUCCGUGGAUCCUAUAAUAACUUCAAGACAAUCCUACCACCAGGCUCCUACAUUCACACUAACGAUUUCCCAAAUCCUGAAGCACUUGCCGAAUAUUUGAAAUACUUGGACAAAAACGAUACCGCUUAUAAUGAAUAUUUCUCAUGGAAGAAAACAUACAUACAUGACAGGACGAGGAAGAAGGUGUGUGAUCUAUGCAGAACAUUGCACGAAACUAGAGGCGUUGUUAAAACAUAUAAAAAUAUUUGGGGCGAUUUUUAUUCAUUUGAAAAUAAUUGCUUAAACUAUGAUAAUGUAUCUUACAGAGAUUUUGAUAAAUAAUCCAAAUCGCCAACGGAAACAUGAUGAAAAGGGAGGGUCAAUGGAAUUUGUUUUUUGAAAGUUGUCGAGUCAAAUAAAACCAAAGUGAUUGGUAAAAGAUAAA